AUGCCAAAGUUAUACGAUUCCGCUCCAUUUAUGGCAGCAGCAGUGUCCACAGUUGCUGUACUAGGAGGUGCCUAUAAUGCCUAUCAACUAUAUCAAAAGAACAAAAAGAACAGAUUGCCGUUACCCGAGGAAUGGGUACAUGUCGGAUAUUUGAAACAAAUAUACGCAUACCCGAUAAAAUCGUGUGCGCCUUUUCCACUUAACCAGGCUGAGUGUUCUUCGCUGGGUCUGAAAGCUGGUUGGCUGCGGGAUAGAAUAUUAAUGAUCAUAGACAAUGAAGACAAUAAUUUAAUAACAGCCAGAACUUAUCCGGAAAUGUUGAAAAUAAAGACAACUUUCAACAAAGCCAUAGUGACAUUAAAACAUCCUAAAAUGGAACCUAUCGACAUUAACUUAGCUGAGGUUAUACUGAUGAAAAAGCUUAUUCAUACAAAUGUAUGGACAUCGCCGGUGACUGCUUUCGAUUGUGGGCAGGAGGUCAAUGCAUGGAUUACCAAAUGUUUAGAUAUUGAGGACACAACAUUCACAUUGGUGUAUUACGGACAUGAAAAGCAUCGGGUAAUAGCAGGAGCGACAGCAAUGUGGCCGAACAUAUACGAUAGGAUGAAACAGAGUGACACAGGUGCUUUCUGUGAUGAAGUAAACUGCCACGUUCUCAGUGAAGCCUCCCUUGAUGAUUUGAACUCACGCUUAAAAGAGGUUCAGGUUACUGACACUCACUUCAGACCUAACAUCGUACUAUCUGGGGGCAAACCGUAUGAUGAAGACAAUUGGAAAUUUGUUAAAAUAGGAGAAAAUAUCUUUCAAGUUAUUAAACCCUGCAUAAGAUGCUUAUUUACUACGAGGGAUCCUGAAACCGGAAUUCAGAACAAGAACAUGGAACCACUCACAACUUUAAAAAGUUAUCGUCUAGCUAAAAAUUCAGCGGAGCUUAAGAUAGCGGGCGACUCACCGCUGAUGGGCAUUCACAUGGCCCUGCGCAGUGGACCAGGGGGCAGAGUGUCUGUCAAUGAACCUUUCUACGUCACUUACUAA